AUGCACAAAAUUCUCGACCAAAGAGGUGUCGGUCAAGACUCGAAGAUUAUUUUCUUCGUGGAACUCUCAAAUGUUAAAAAUUCUGACUCAAAUAUGCCCUACACUGUCGGGUGUAAGAAGCGGAGUAAAACUCUAAGCAAUUGGGGCUAG